UGACGACAAUAGCCGCCAUGUUGUUUACAAUGGCCGCCUGGAAAACACCGUAACACAAACAGUGUUAAAAGAAUUAAAUUUACAACAAAAAUGGCGACACAAACUCAUUCUUUAAAGCGGUCCGGCUUUCAACCAGCCAGGACCCACGAUUACUUAUACGAUCCCCAUCAUGUCACCUCAAGUGAAAGAGACCAUGCUAGGUCAACAUUCAAAGCACACACUAGCACAGACCGUGUUAAACGGGUGCCUUUGUACAACACAAUGUUCAGUGAACUACGUCAUCAUCCCCGUUUUCAAAUGCGGUUGGAUGUCACAGAUCCAGUGCCAAAGUUCAUAUCCAGACAGUGGAGGGGCUAUGCUGAUCAGGCUCGUGAUGCUAUGAUAAGAUACACAACUUUUAAUUAUGAUCCAAAUGUCACAGUACCACCAAAACAUUAUGCAAAUGCAGAGGUUGGAGGAAGAAAUCGAUACAAGUUUUUCAAGAGACCAAUUAUUCCAUUUUUACAACAAAUACCACCUGAAGUUAUGCUUGCAACAGCUAGGCAAGACCCCUUGGCAGGACCUGACCAGUUGCAGUUAGAGCGUCCACCCACACCUUUGACAAAAACAGUGGAGGUCCAAACGGAUUACAGAGAUUCAGAGGCCCAGACAGAUCCUUACACCCCUGAGUAUGUUGUACGACCUGGAUCCGCCCCUGAGCUGCUCACUCUGGCAACUUUAUCACAUGGCCGUGGGCUUCCAGCUGGUAUGGCUGAGGUCGAGAUGAUUGAGCGUGCUCGAGCAAAGCGAGCUUGGGAGGCAACUCUUCCUCCUCUAAAUGAUGUCUCACAACUGGAAAAACGAAGAAAAAUGAUGGAUGAAAUGGAGAGAAAGGAAUGGGCUCUCAGAGAGCAGGAAAUUGAAAAGUUACAAGAGGCUAGAUUGGAAGUGCUUAAGCAGCUUCUAAAGAAGAGGGAGGAGAAUCAUGCAGAGUUAAAUAUCAAGAGGCUGGACAAACUGUGGUCCAAGAAACAAAAGGAAAAGGAUGCUAAAGUGAAGAAAAUUAGGAAUGAACACAUUAAGACAAUCAGAAAAUUGACCAGAAAGAGAGGAAAGGUUGAAGGUCAAAUGGAGAGGAGGGAUAUCAUUCAAGAAUAUUCAAAUUUUGGAUCUCAGACGUAUGCUCCCCUGACUCGGAUAGGAAUGUUUUUGGAUCGCGGGUCGGAGCAGUACGUAGUGAAGAGCAGGCAUCUGAGCACCUACCAGGGUCUUUUAGAGCUUGAAGCCUCACUUCCAGAUUUUGUUGUGAAUCCCCGUGUCAAGGCACCAAAGCCCAAAACUGUGACCAAGACUGGCUACAUGAAGAGGAAGUACAGGCAGGAGCAGGAAUUGAAAGACAUGCACCAGACAAUUGUAGAGGAGAAAGAGAAGGGAGAAUUGGAACCCAAGCCCCUCAGAUUCCUUCAGAAGAUAGAAAAGCCCAUCCCAAGACCUCCUACCCCCACUGUGGAUGUGCCUUCAGAGGACCAGGAACAUGCAGUGGAUAAGAGUGAGGAAGAGGAAAAAGAGCUUGCAGUCAUAUUCUUGCAACAAGUCAUCCGAGGCAGAGCUAUACAGAAUAUGAUUUUCGAAGGAAAAGAGAAAAGACAAGAACUCAUCAAGGAGCUAAGGAGCACACAUGCUCUGCAAGAAGCCGAGCAACAAAUGAAGCAACAGGAAAAGCAAGCAACACUAGCUUUGCAACGCCAGCGCAGGCUGCAUGAGCACAAGGAAUUAUUGGUGGACGAGGCAAUGAGCCAGUUAGAGGGCUCCUCAUUGGCCGACACCAUGGACUUCCUCAGUAAGGAGCUGGUCCGUCUACAGGAGGAGAGGAGGAUCCACGCCUUCUCCAUGCUGGCAGAGCGCCAGAGGAGGAUCAGGGAGGCAGAGGAGAGCGGCAGGAGGCAAGUGGAGGAACGUCGCCGACGCGAGGAGGAUGAAGUCUUCAAACAGGUGGUGAAGGUCCACCAGCGCUCAGUAGACACCUAUCUAGAAGACAUCAUCCUGGGAUCUAUAGACAAGACCGCUGAUGAGCAGGCUAGAGGCGAGAUCAUGGACCAGGCAGAGAAGAUCAAUGAUGUAGCUUAUGAAAUAGAAGAGAGCCGAACUCAGCUCCAGUCAGAAGAAAUUGUUGCAGAUCUUGUUCACUGCUUUUUAUUGCCUGAAGUUCAGAAGACCACAAUGCGAGAAAAAGUGAGAAGAGACCAGAGGAAGUAUCUUUUGGCUGCACAUAAAGAAAUUCACAAAGAAGGGGAAGAGAUCUUAUCCAUGCAUGCUAAACCUGUUAAACCAGAGUCAAGCAAAGAAGGUUCCUCAUGAACUCUGAUUCUGUGACUGCCCUUACAAAUCAACUUUAAAAUGAACAUCACAUCUCAGUGCUUGAAAUAAUUAAUAUCCCCAAAGAGGAAUGUUUUGUGUUAAUUCAGAUCUUCAGACACCUUUGAAAGACGUCUACUUUUCACUCCAAAUUUAUUUUUGUGAUAUAUUUUCUGAAUAGAAAGUUCCUUUUGUUGCACCUUGGUAGAAAAAGAAUGUAUGCUAGACCUACCAUCAAUCAUGUUUUAUACAAAUAAGACCUUGGGCUGUUUCUGUGAUAAAUUUUUCUUUAAUAAAUGCACACUUUUAGUGUGCAUGUGUAACAUAUGUAUAUUUUGUAGUAAGAACUGAAUAUGUGAAGAGAUAUAUGUAUUGUAUGAACCUGUUUAACUUAUGUUUUCAAUAAAAAAAAAAAAGUUAAAAAAAAAAAAAAAAUCCUUCUAUACUUGAAGCAAUUUCUGACUUACCUAAGUCAAAAUUUCAACCAGUCAUAAAAUAAUGGUUUAUCAUAAAUUGACGACAAAAAUUUGUAAUUGACAACAUUAUAUCAAGACACUUUUAAUAGCAUUUCAAUUUUGUCAGUGUUUUCAAUCAAGAGACAUUAAGACAGUUCACAAUUUUUGACUUAAGUCUAAGUUUGCUUCAUGAUUCUGGGGCCAGUACUUGGAAUCCCAUACACCGGUACAGGUUCCAAAACCUUGCCAAUUUUAAAUUACAGGCAGACCCAAAUAUUAUAUGUACCGGUAUAUCCUGAGUAAAAAAAAAUACCUGAUUAUGAUUGACAAAAGAAAAUUUUAAUGAUUUCUUCUUUUUUAUUGUUUGUUUUUCUUCAUUAACAAAACAAUGUACUUUUAAAAAAGUACAAAAAUGGAGGAAAAUACAGUGUAUGAAAGCUAAGCACCAUAUGUCGCACAUCCAAAGCCCGGAAUCUAUGGGAACAAACAAUCUAAUGUCCAGUAAAGACUAAAAUGCUGACAAUUUUUUAAGACCUGCAUUCUUAAACACUAACCUAAAUCUGUUUAUGUUACUUAAAUUAACAAUGCAUACAUUAAUUCACUGUACAAAACACUGAACAUACAAAAAAAAUCAAGUUAACUUGAGCUAAAAUAGACCAAUGGAAAACCAGGCAGACUAGAACAAAUAUGUUGAAGCGUUUCAUUUAGAAUUCAUUAAAAUGAAUGUUUACCCACCUGUUUCCUCUAGAAACGUGUACAAGUAUUUAAAUCAAAGGACCAUGAUUUAUGAGUUAGUUAAUAUGACAAUAAUGUAAAUCUUUUUAUGGUAAUGAUCUAAAUUUCCUUAUUUUUGCACAGUAAAUGUAUAUCACAUAAAUUCAAUCAAAACAAUGUUAGCGAAAUGUAUUUUGUACUAACUCAUAACAUAAAAUUCAUAUAUGUAUCACCCUUUGCCGGAUUUUCCGUUGCAUAUCCUUGCAAAUUUGAUGACAAAGAAUAUUCUCAAUUGCUUUUUUAAAACACAUUUUGUUCAUAUUCAAAAAAUUGAAUCUUUUUCUUUCAUAAUAAAAAAUCUACACAAAUAUUUUUUGAUUAAAUAUCUUGAUAACAAAGAACACAACCAGAAAACUUAUUAAGUCCAUACAACAAGCAUUGUAAACAGGAAUUUUU